AUGUCUGCCAAAAAUGGUGGAAGGAAGGAUUCCUUCGCUGUCCUCCCUCUGGAUGUCUCCGGAGACAAUUGGAGCUUCUUGAAUCGCUCCAUGUCGAACAGGACAAUCGGGGAAGGUGAAGAGGAUGGGAACACCGUCGUAAAGAGGCGGAAGUCCAAGAGUAGCAAGAGAAAAAAAAAGAAAAUAAUGGAUACGGCGGAAAUAACAGCGGCCUGGAGCCUGACGUCGGGUAUCGACGACGACGAGAACUUGGAUCGAAAGAACGGGCAAUUUUUAGGUGUUUCGGAGUCUUCAGACGUGCUGGAAAGACCGAUGGUUGUGGACGCGAUCGAGCGUUCGGAGGUGGAACAGGAUGCAUCUGAAAGCUCGAGGUUGACUUCUACUUCUUUCGCUGAACUGAGGCAGAGGAGUGUGAACGGGGGAAGUGUAUGCAAUGAGAUUAUAGAUGCAGAGGUUAGCACAAGGGAGAGCUCGAUUGGACAGUGGAGGCCAGCGUCUCAUGAACAUAUUCCAAUUUUGAGCAAUCAGGAGUCGACGGAUUGGAAGAGGUUGAUGGCAGAGUAUCCAGGUCUUUUAGAAGGUACUUUCUACGGAUUUAUUUGGAGCAUUUCAUGUCAACGCUUUUGAUGAGAUGAUAAAAUUACCGGCACUUUGUAAUAGUCUGUGAAAUGCUAAGUUUUUAUAUGAUCCAAUGGCCUUGGAUUGUAAUUAUCUUGAGAAUUGAUCUGUAAUAGGGCUUUGAUGAAUUGUUUAAAUGCUGUUAGAAUGAGAAAAUUUCUCGAUUUGAGGUAACCCACCUCGCCUUAGGAACCAGCAACAUAAAACUUGUGUCACUCACUCCGUCGUGGACAAUUAAACGCUUACAAUGAUAGAUGAACGCCAAGUAACGAGUUUUGUGCGAGCUGGAGACAGACUCCUAACCCAUUUUGUGGUAUUCUCGUGUAUCCUACUUAAUGUGUUCAUAAUAUCUGGACUGUUCUGUUAUUCAUUAUUAAAAAAACUCUAGUUCUUUUAGCUAGUUGUAGUGGCCACAAUUUUCUUAUUUUUUGAUGAAUCUCGUGAAAGGUUUUUUCAGAAUUUGAUAUUGAAGUCACUAAUCCAUUCUCAAUAUUAGAAGAUUUUUGAAGCUAAUAAAAAUUAAGUUUUUAACAGAAAUUCUUGGAUAGAAAUUUAAGUUAUAGUCAGUCUAUUUGGAUCCUGUCUUUUCUUCAACUUUAAUAUAUGAAAAAAUUUAAAUGAGAAGGUAUGCUUGUGUUCGCCUUCUUUCAUAUGUAGUAAUUGCAAUCCAAAUUGAUGCUAUUGAAGAUGUAAACUUUAGUCCCAUUGAGACAUGUUCAUACUUUCCUGUAUUUAUGCUAAUUGCUACUCCUAGAAACAUCUGUUUUCAGGUGGUACUACUGUAACAACAGGCAACGUCCAAUGUGGUGCUCUUCUUGGCCACCGACAUGUGGGACAUUUCUCGGACAUCCAUUCCAAAGUUGUACAAAUUAUGCCUUAGCUUGAUUCAGAGAUAAUAAUUAGGAAGUGAAGCAAUGGUUGUUCAAAAUUAAUAGUUCGCUUGAAAUCCGUAAUUAUCAUAGCAGAGAAAAUAUAUUGGCUGAUUUACAGUCAUUGUGUAUGACUAUCCUUUUGGUUUUCAGAGUUGGGACAAUCACCCUAAUAACUCGAGUCAAGUUUCAUUGUGAUAGAGAAAAAGGAAAAGAAAAAGGUGAAAUCUCUCCAAUGGUAGUAAUAAAGUUGAUAAGCAAGGGAAAUACGGACAUCAGUUGAGAAAAGUUGAAACAUUUUCUUGGAAUUUCUUCACAAAUGGACUCCUUGUGAAAUUUACAAAUUCAAGUGGUGACAUGCUUCUGGCAUCAUUUUUCUCUCCUUGGAUGAUACAGUAGUGUGAAACAAAGCUGUAACCAUUGGACUUCAAAAACUCUAAAAAUAUGCAAAACAACUGUAGCGACAUUCAGUUUUUAUCUGAAUGUUAAAACUAGUUACAGUUUUCUAAGUAGAAGCGUCAGCUCUGCUCGUCCUAAAAUUAGGAAGUAUCAGGCAUUUGCCGCUUGGCUGUCUAUAUUAUUAGGAAACUAGAGUUGUGAAUAUAUGUAAAAUUUCUCAUGUGUAGUUCAAUUUUGGACAUAUGUUGUCCUCAAAUGACCUCUGCCUAAUUUGAUUCCUUUAUUUUUAAAACUACAAGCCCAUGGUCUAUUCAUAUUUCUCUCGAAUCAAGUUCCUUUCCCUAAUCUUGUGGGCAUGGGCAUUUCCCAUCCUACCACCAGAUCCGCUUUGAAUUCCAUGAUUGACUACAGUUUGUUAACCAAUUGAAUUAGAACUUACUCGUUUAUAACAUGGUGCAUUCUUGCUCUUUCUAAUGACAAGUAUUAAUGGGGUGUGCUAUUCCAGAUUUUAACUCUCUUCUUAGUCAUCAAUUACACAUCGAGAGAUAACAGAUUUCAGUGGAAGUUAUAAUUUCGUCUAGUUUGAGGUUCCCAUUAGGAAGUAACUGUCCUAUUAUUUCUUUGUGCCAUGUUUCCACAUCAACGAUCUGAAAUUCCAAUAACUGAAACCUCUUUGCUAUUUCGAAGGACUGCCCAGCUGCAUGACUUGAUGUCCGUGGUACCUAAAAAAAGAGUGAAACCUUGAAUUUCUUAUUAAGCGAACUUUACAGCAAUCUGUAUGACGAUAUAUCCUUUUUGAGGGCUAUUUCUCAUUGUUAACAGUUGUACUUUUUAAAACUAGAAUUUUAUUCGUAAGAUUUUUUUAUCUUUAAUUUUUUUCUUAGACUGUCUUUGUUUCUAAUUUGGACGUGUCAGUGUAUUAUAAUUCUGAAUCCCUAGCGUUAAUAUCUGGGCUUGGAUUUGAUUGCAUGCAGAAAUCACUUGCGUCAAGGGUUCACCAUUGAGCUAUUUUUGGGAUGAAAUUAAUGGUGGCAAUUCCCUUCGGAGCACAAUAUCUGUGGGAAAUGAGAGAAAACGGCAACGAGUCUAUAACACGAUGUUUCAUGUGCCACUGAGAUGUGAAAGGGUAAUUCUUACUUCUGCUGAUUUUACCAGAGGCUCCUGUAUUCUGUUGAAUGAUUGGGGAAACCAAAAGUUUAGAUUCCUUAUAUUUAUGAUAGUGAUGGUGGUGGCUAUUUAGUUUUCUACGUAUGGCUAUUGAUGUUGACAACCAAGUGUGGGGCUUGUGUUGGUCGAACUUGAACAUUCAGCCUUUGUUCGAGAUUCCCGUUGCUGGAUUGGCCACUUUGCUCAGGUGAUGGCCAAACAGAAAAAAUAAAACUCUCACUUUGUUUAAAACAUGGUUUGAAGUUGGCAUUAUAGGGAGUCACUCCACAUGGCGGCAGAUUCCAGUACUGACAGCAUAAGUUCCGUAGUAUUUCUUGCACUUUGGUUUGCCCAGAUUGCGUAGUUAACCUCUAUGUCCCAUUUGCUGCUAAAAAGUUCAUCAGAUAUUUUAUAUUUUAUUGGUUAUAGAUAUACUUUGUAAAGAUGUGGCAAUCUGACUGAAAUAAACUUUUAAGAGACUUUUGAUUUCGAUGCAGUUGUUUUAUGAUACAAGUAUCUGAUACUAACAAUGACAUUGCAGCUUAUUGAUGUGGGAUUUUUUGUCUGUUUGGAUACCUUUCUCUCAUUGCUUACGAUUAUGCCAGCCAGAAUUCUAAUGAUCAUGCGGCGGAUUCUAAAUACAAGGUGAAAACAAACUUAUUUAAGCGUCAAUGCAGCAUGUACUGCCGUUCUUUUUGUGGUCGAACAGUCUGAUGGAGAAUCUUUCUAUGUUUAUCUUGUGAAGUUGUCACACUAUCGAAUGUUUCCAUCAUAUUUGUACGUGUUAGCAAUCUAACGUAAUUUUGGUGCUACGUUAUAAUUCUCCAGAUGUAUACUUUUUCAAUAGACUUGAAAAUGUGUUGGAGUUCAUAGGAGCCUCAAAGAACAGUAGGAGCCUGUGUACAUAGGUCUUUCGUAUCCUUACUGGAUAUCAUCACAGAUUCUUCUUUUAACUUAUUUUUCUUGAGGAAAAUAUUCUCUAAUAUUUCUUUAGAUGACUGUGCUGCUUAUUCUUCUCUCUACGUUGCUUCAAUAUAGCCCUUACAAUGCUUUAUUCAUUCUUAUGUCUGAGGUUUUAAAUGAACCGUUAUGUUUAUGAUUAAAAUGAAUUUGUUAAUAUUCAGUGUAUGAUAAAAUAUCCAAUUAUAAUUUUCUUUAAAUUAAUCGCGUUGAUUUCUAAAUCAUGCAUGAUUGUUCCCAUGUUCAUUAUAAAAUUGUGUUCGUUAUAGGAUUGCAAUUGCUUUCCCAACCGUUUCAUUCUUAAAAAAAUGUAUUUUUUAUUUGACCUACCCUUCUAAAAUCGGUAACUAGAAAACUUAUGUUCCUUAACUCUGACGUUUAUUGGAGAUUGUUCAAACAAUGGCAUUGUCUGUUGAGAUUACAACUACUGAAGUGGAGAAAUUUUACUAAUACUCUCACUUUUCCCUUUCAUCACGAACCUCAUGUUUGUUUUGGACACUGACCCUGUAAUCAUGAAGAUUCAGUUAAUAUUCUUUGUCAUUCUUCCAUGGUUCAAAAAAACAACCCUAGCUGUAGUUAUCAUUAUAACGAACAAAUUAACUGUAUGGCAGCUGCAAUUUCUGUUGAGCCUUCUUCCUAUUGACAGAAAUUAUGAAGGCAGUUGUGGCAAUGGAUGCUAGGAACAUGUCCAAUCCUCACCACUCUCUCCAGACUGGUCAGCAAUGAGAAGAUGGCGCCAUCUUCUCCUCCCUCUUUCUUCUUCAUGCCACUGAGAAGAACCCUUCCUGUUGGUAGGCAGGCUGUAACUAUCAUCGACCCAACAUCCCCAUACCCCCUUAAUUUCAGCAGGAGAGUAAACGAGAUUAAAGGACAAUACGAAAGGACUUCUAGAUGCGUGUAACUCUUGUGGGGGAAGAUUAGGUUGUUCCUUUUAAUUUGAAUAGCCUGGUCGAAUUGUUGUUAUGGAGUCGGUAACAAAAAGAUGGUUUUUCCGCAAAAGAAUAGUUAAUUACCUAAGUUGAUGUGUAUUGCAAAAAGUACAAACCAUUAGUUUUUAAGGAAGAUUUAUUCCUUGCUACUUAUCAUCUUGUCUUUUUCUCCAGUUAUGACUCAUAUUGAAUUUAAAUUAUGUUGAACGUAUUUUUCACGAUUUUUCACUUGAUUUAUUUUAUCUUCUCUGUUGAUCGCAUAUCUGGUACUGUUCUUGCGACAGAAAUGCAUGUUGCAAGACAAGCUUUUUUUCUUUUUCACUUGAAAAAGAAAAUCUUAUAUGCAUUCUGUGUCACAUCUAUAUGCAAUGGCUUUGACAGUUAACCUAACUUGAUUUUAACAGGCAGUUUCAAAUGCCAAAUGACAAGGAAUUGUCUGAUGUUUGCUGUUUCACUGUUCUGGUUUUUGGCGUAACUGCAUUACAAUUGACAGGUGAUCGAUGUUCAUCUGCUUUAGUUUUAUUCAUGAUUGCCUUUUCUGCUUUAAUGCUUCAUAGCUCGGACAUAAAGGAGAACGAUUUUGUCAAUAUUAAUACCUCUGUAUCAAAUUGUUUAUUGUCUCAGACAUCAGCCUAAUUUAUCAUAUAAUUCGGGGACAAGGGACAGUGAAGCUGUACGUGGUGUACAAUGUAUUGGAGGUACGAAAAUGAUACGUAAUUUAUUAAAAAAUAAUGUGAAUGACCCCAGAAAAACAUGCUUCUUGAAUGUGUGGCAGAUACUUGAUAAUCUUCUUCGAUCAUUUGGCGAGGAUGUCUUGCAAGUUCUCUUCAACUCCAUUGAGGGAGCCGCAACUUGUUCACCUGACAGUUUGACCUUCGAGCUGAUGAGAUACAUUCUCGACCAAGUGAUAGCUAUUAUUGUGUUUAAUAUCCUUCUAAAAAAAUUCCAAAUUCCAUCUUUUUUUUAACUGACAUGUAUUAUUCCGUGUUAUUUCCUUAACUGGUCACACCUCUGCACUCAUUCAUCUUACUAGCAGAGGCAAUCACUUUGUCUACUUGUGUUAUUGCACAUAACAAUGCAUUAUUAGCUCUGCUGAUAUCAAAUAAUUUUGCCGAAAUAAAAAGCAAUGUCUUCAAACGUGUAAGCAAGGAUAACAUACACUCUCUCGUAUGCCAUGGUAAGUUAGCUUCGUCCAGCCUUUUCCUGCAUCAUUUUAUGUCGUCUUUUGCCAUAACAACUUCCCUGUCUUACUAGCAGCCUUUUCCUGUCUUCUGUUAGUAGCUGAAGUAAAGCUUAUCUAUAUUUUCUCUCUUGAGGGGAAGUGCUAGAAUAGUUAUUUGGCUUGUCUUGAUGGACCUAAUAGGCUCAGACUUACAUAGGCCGAGUGUUGAUGUCUGAUCUCUCAUAUACCUGGGAGAGUGAUAGUUUUUUUACUAUUGCUGCCAAAAAAGAGGAUUUUUUUUUAAUUCUACUUUCACACAUUGUUGGAAGAGAAUUUCCCACUCUCCGUAGGUUAUGAUUUUGAAAAGCUAACAAACAUAAAAAAAAUUGGGGAAAGUUGUCACAAGGUGAGAGGACGAUAUGAAGCUUCGUGGAUAUGACAUCAGCUUCUUUUAAAAGCCAAGAGGAAGACAUUGGCCGUCUUCUUUGAUAGCUUUGUAUUAAUAUAGAAACAUUCUUGAAGUGAACAAGGAACGAAAUAGAAGUGAUUGACUGAGUGUAUAGGAAACAUUUGGUAAUUUUCUCAUAGAUUUUUCUUGGGUUUUAGGGCUGGAUAACAAAAUGAUGGUGCUCAAAUCAAAUGGAAAUAGGACACUACAAUUUUUACAUUUAUAUUCGCUAUUUCAUAGCAUUAAUGUCUGAUUUGAAUGCUUACACCAGCCAACUAGUGCCGACUCGAGAUUUUGGCACCAAAAAGGCAUCUGUCGUUUGAUAUUUUUCUCUUAAUCCAAGAUUUCCCACAUUCUGCCUGAAAGAUCUUAAGAGUGCCGAAAAUUAAUUGAGUCUUAGUUUAUUGCAUUGAUAUGAUCUGAUGUAUCUUCUAAUAUCAAUGUUUAUCUUGCUCGUCUUCCUUGUGCCCGAGAUUUCAUUAGCUAUUACUUGAUAUCUGACAAAACUAUAAGUUUAUCUUGAAACUACAUAUAAUCGUCUUUGUUACUGAUAUAUUGCCCAGAUAUCAUCGAGAGAUUCCAUAUCACUGCGUUCGUGUUAUUUAUAUUAACUCAAAAUAUUCUAGAGUCUGAGGGAUCCUGGUUUGGAGGUUUCCUUUCGGUAAGUUUGUAGACUGUUUAAUUUAUCCAUGAUAUACUUACUACACUUUUCAAGAGUUUUUUUUUCUUCAAUGUCAGAAUGUGACGCUUGUUUACAUGUGCGAAGUACUAAUUGACACAAUAAAGCAUUCAUUUCUUGCAAAGUUCAAUGAAAUAAAACCUGCGACCUACUCGGAAUUUCUGGAAGAUCUCUGCAAACAGGUAAUACCCGAAAAAUAUAUGGGUAUUUUGUGUCCCUUUCUGUAUCUACUUGAUUUUUUCCUAUAGUAAAAGAACUUUUAAUGCCCUAAUGUUCUGUGACUUUGAAAAACCUUUGAUUAAACUCUGAACUGGUUAGGAACUAUCAUUUGUAAGUGUGUACAUCAGACGUCUGCACGUAAUGCCGUCAUUUAGCGCUUUAAAUUUAUAAUUUUUUUAAAUUUUAUUCUGUUGGUUGGACAGAGAACCGUAUCAAUAGCUUUAACGAUUUAUGGAUCAGUAAUUUCUUUAUAGAUACAUGAAAUCGCUUUCUUUACUGAAAGGAGCAAUGAAUCGAUGUAAUGACGAAGGAUAGCAACCUUUAGUGGUCCGCUUGUUGCUGUGGUCUCCGUAAGUCUAUCUCUGUUUUUAUGACGCGCUUGUAAAUAUGGUUUUUCUCGCAUCAUUUACAUGUCUUCCAUAGUCUCAUGCUCCUCAGAAAGGAGAUUUGUAGCCCUUUGGUUUGUGCCAGAAAUUUGUAUUUUUCUAACUGACAAGAAAAGAUAUUAAUCUCAACAUGCUCGGUGCCCAUAUAGAUAUAGAUAUAUAUAUAUAUAUAUAUAUAUCAAUGUGAAAAUCAAUUAUUGGGAAUCUCUAUUAUCCAUGUUUUGGAUCCAAUGAUAACUUGUCUUUGAAACAUAUAUGUUAAUAUGUCUUAGCUUCACCUUCUGGUUCUCUAUGACGAAAAUGGCGGCCGAGCUUCAUAGACUAUUUCCUUUUUCUGUUAUUAUCCUUCCAUCGCUCUGAUUGACUCAUUUAAUCAAUGCUAGAAGAUAUUUUAUUUCGUUUGCUCUCUCGCUUGACUGUUUAAAAGAGAAAAAAAAAUAGUCAUAUUUCUCACACUAGAGCAGGUAGUUUGUCAGUAUUAACUUUUCGAAUAGACCCAAAUCCCUAAAGUCUUCAUAUCAUCUGGACCUUCUAAAUGAUCUGCAUGUUUCACUUGCAGAUUCUCAAUAUCCAGACUGAGGAUGCCAGGAAAACCCUGAUUUUUAUUCCCCUAGCGCCGGCCUGUGUGGUAUAAAUGCUUCCUCAUGGGUCUGGGUGAAAACCCGUUAGACUUUCGUCUCCUAGCACAAGUGGAAUUGGGUUUGAUCCUCUUUUUUCAGGUCAUCCGGGUGUUGACUCCGCUCUAUGCGACGGUUAUUCCCCACAGACCACUCCCUCUGAGGCUGCUGUGGAUGGUCAUCUGGUUUUCCCUCACCUACGCCAUUCUCGUCGUCUGCAAGAUGGCGGUUGGCCUUGCCCUGAGCCACCUCGCCGGCUGGUACCUCCGGCGCCACUCGGAUAGAAAACCACACGCUGACUAG